AUGGGGGGCGGAGGAAAGGAAAUCAAAGCUGCCGCAGCUGAAGGGUGUGCGAGCACGCUGGGGAAGAGCCGAGGAGCCGCAGGACAGGAUGGCAGCGGGAAGCCCGGCGGCAGCGGGAAGCCCGGCCUCGGGAAGCCCGGCUGCGGCGGGGACCGCUGCCCGCGCCGGGCCGGGCCGGUCGGCUCCGCGCUGGCCGCGCUCCUCUCGGCGCUGGCCGCGGCUUCCUGCGUCUACCUGGGGGUACGGACCAGCGACCUUCAGGCCAGGGUCGCGGCCAUCGAAGGCGCUCGAGGGGGCUUCUCCGCCGCCGCCCCGGUCCCGCCGCUGCCCGGCUUUUCCUUGGAGCAGCUGAACGCGAUGAUGCAGGAGAAAGUGGAGCGACUUCUCGCCCAGAAAUCCUACGAGCACUUGGCAAAAAUACGAGUAGCGAGAGAAGCGGCUCCAGAGUGCAGCUGUCCACCAGGUCCUCCAGGGAAAAGAGGUAAGCGGGGAAGAAGAGGAGAGACUGGACCUCCUGGUCAGCCUGGUCCUCAAGGCCCUCCUGGUCCAAAAGGCGAGAAGGGAGAUCAAGGUGAUCAGGGCCCUCGGAUGGUGUUUCCUAAAAUCAAUCAUGGGUUUCUCUCUGCUGAUCAGCAGCUCAUUAAACGCCGCCUCAUUAAGGGGGACCAAGGACAAGCUGGACCCCCUGGACCUCCAGGGCCACCAGGACCCAGAGGUCCCCCAGGAGAUACUGGCAAAGAUGGUCCUCGUGGGAUGCCUGGCUUAACGGGUGAGCCAGGAAAACCAGGAGAACAAGGAUUGACAGGACCUCAGGGGCCUCCAGGACAAAAGGGUUCUGUCGGAGUGCCUGGUGUUCCAGGGAAAGAUGGACAAGUGGGUGAACCUGGUUUGCCUGGCAUAGCAGGAGAGAAGGGAGAAGCAGGGCUCAAGGGUGACCCUGGAGAAAGAGGAGAAAAGGGGGAGGCUGGUGAGAAUGGACUGAAGGGUGACACAGGAGAAAAGGGUGACCCUGGCUCUUCUGCAGCUGGAAUUAAGGGUGAACCUGGUGAAUCUGGGCGGCCUGGACAAAAGGGUGAACCAGGCCUUCCUGGGCUUCCUGGACUCCCUGGAAUAAAGGGUGAACCAGGUUUCAUUGGUCCACAAGGAGAACCUGGGUUGCCAGGGCUGCCAGGAACAAAGGGUGACAGAGGAGAGGCAGGCCCUGUUGGGAAGGGUGAGCGAGGUGAACCUGGAAUCCCUGGACCAAAGGGGAAAACAGGUGAACCUGGAUCUAGAGGCCCCAAAGGGUCAAAGGGUGAUACAGGUGAGAGAGGUGACACAGGAUCUGCAGGUCCACGGGGACUACCUGGACAGAAGGGUGAUCAAGGUGCAACAGAGAUAAUUGAUUAUAAUGGCAAUAUCCAUGAAGCUCUGCAGAGGAUUGCCACCCUGACUGUCACGGGACCACCAGGACCACCGGGACCCCAAGGGCUGCAAGGGCCAAAGGGUGAACCAGGAUCCCCAGGAGCUCCAGGAAUUGAUGGAGAGCAGGGUCCUAAGGGCUCAAAAGGCGACACAGGUGAUCCUGGAAUGCCUGGAGAAAAGGGAGGAAUCGGACUGCCUGGCCUACCAGGAGCCAAUGGCAUGAAAGGCGAAAAAGGCGAUGUUGGUUUGCCUGGUGCCCAAGGUCCUUCAAUGAUAGGACCACCUGGACCACCAGGGCCACAUGGUCCUCCAGGCCCCAUGGGACCUCAUGGACUGCCUGGCCCAAAGGGCAUAGAUGGCCCAGUUGGUCCCCAUGGCCCUGCAGGUCCCAAAGGAGAGAGAGGUGAGAAGGGAACUGUAGGUGACCCUGGGCCCAGAGGACCAUAUGGCUUGCCUGGCAAAGACGGCGAGCCUGGCCUUGAUGGUUUCCCUGGUCCUCGAGGAGAAAAGGGUGAUAUAGGAGAAAAGGGAGAAAAGGGAUUCCGUGGAGUUAAGGGGGAAAAAGGGGAGCCAGGCCAGCCUGGCCUGGAUGGGCUGGAUGCCCCUUGCCAAUUGGGUCCUGACGGAUUACCAAUGCCUGGCUGUUGGCAAAAGUGAUGAAUCUAACCUUACAAGCAUGAAGUUGUGUAUAUAGUGCUCCACUUUUUUUAUUUAUAGUUGAGAACUGAAAAUUUGAUUUUGCAAGUCUGAGAUAUGUUUACAUGUAGCUGCUUCUACUUGUUUGCAACAGUCCAUACAUACAUCUUUUUUUUCACCUACAUCUGCAAUUAGAUGAUACAAUAACUGCAGGAUAAACCUAUAAUGAUUGUCUCUCUAAUGGGAGAGAUCUCAAAACAAUGAUCAAUAAUAGAAAUUAAUAUUUCUGUAAAUUCUUAUAUUUUGGCUUGUGGAUGUGCAUGGACAAUGAGUGCCAUGAACUAGUUUACA